AUGACUUUAUUCCCGAUAUUGAAUGAUUUGACUUCAAACAAACUAUGAUAUAAUAAAGACAGAAAUCCUAUCUCAUGGUCCAUUCCUUGAAGUGGUGAGGUAGCUUGCAUGUCUCACUGACUCGGAGAGCUAUGCCAGCUGGAGGAUCAGCUCCUGUUAAGGUCACCCAAGCUGGACUGGACUAGACUAAUAUGGACCGGACAGACAGAGGACGUGAGUCAAGAAAGACAACGGUCAGAAAUUGUCAAUUGUAUAAGUUUAAAUCUCAGCGUGUUGACGACGACUGUAGGGAUAACAUAUGUGUGGGCUCUCUCUCUCUCUCUCUCUCUCUCUCUCUCUCUCUCUCUCUCUCUCUCUCUCUCUCUCUCUCUCUCUCUCUCUCAUAUACAGUGCAUUAUCUCGCCAUGAACAACCAAUUCGCCGUAUAUAUAUACGAAAUACAUCAAAUACCUGUAGUUUAAAAUAUUCUGCAGUGCCAUUAUAUAAAUAUCCCUCCUCUUUUUGGCCAUAUUAGAUUACAAACGUUUCUAUGAGAUUUUGUUUUUCAGUUUUCUAAAAGAUGAAGACCUUCGUGCCUUAUGCUUUCGUCGUUGCAGUUCUACAACUUGUUCCACAGUUCUUGAGGCUGACAAGAUUCUACUCUUGCCUACGAUGGCGAAGAGUCAUGCCUUUGAAUUGCUCCACACAGGAGAAGAGUUGGCCAGGAGAGGUCACCAAGUAUAGCUUUACCUUCCUUCGUCAAUUGACUUGAAAAUAUCAAAUCAGUCGCAUGUCAGUGUUAUCAGUUACAAGAUGCCUGACAAAUACAAGAUGAUGUUUGAAAACAAUAUGAACAGCAUUCAGAGCGGGGAUUGGAAGUCAGGCAGGCAUGUUUUCGAUGAAUUCUCAAAUAUGAGAGGCAUGAUGAAAGCGAUGUGUUGGGGACUUUUCUCCGACAGAGAACAGUUGGGAUACUUGGUGAAGGAGAGAUUUGACGUGGCCAUUGUGACUGCCUUUCCCUUCACCCAGUGUCUGUUUUGUCUUCCUCACUAUCUGAACAUAUCCACCGUCGCCUCGAGCGCGUACAUUACAGAAAGACACAGUGGCUCUCCAUUGCAGUCGACCACUCUGCCCUUCUUCUUGGGAUCAUUUGGAAGCGACAUGAACAUGUUUGAACGAUUUGCCGAUUUUGCCCUGAGUAUUGUUUCUCCUUUCCUCAUGUGCUAUACUGUCACACCUGACAUGUCAGGGAUUGAUCCUGUAUUCUCCAACAUCGAUGUAAACCAGUUGGCAAAGCAGGCGGUGUUGUAUUUAGAAAACUCUGACUACAUUUUCGAUUACCCUAAGGCAGUGUUUCCUAAUUGUGUUCACGUUGGCGGUCUCACAGUUAAACCGGCCAAGAAACUUAAUAAGAAGCUUGAAGACUUCAUGGCCCGUUCACCAGAAGGUAUUAUUUUCGUGUCCUUUGGCUCAGUAGUUCCGAUUCAGUUUGCUCCUAAGACUAUGGUUGAAAACAUGCUGGCGGCGUUACGUCAGUCUGGCUUCAACGUGUUGCUGAAAUCGGACUCCGAUCACGACGACGGAAAUAUAAAAUUUUCAAAAUGGCUGCCACAAAAUGAUAUUCUUGGACAUCCCAAAACUAAAUUAUUUAUUUCCCACUGUGGGAAGAAUGGUCUCUUUGAAAGUAUUUAUCACGGAGUUCCCAUACUAUGCCCGCCCAGAGCUGUCGACCAACCAAUAAAUUCUAGAAGGGUCACUCAAAUGGGUAUCGGCAUACAUCUGGAUUUCAACACGGCGUCUACAGAGAACAUAUCGAGCGCCAUUCAUGAUUGUAUACGUAACGAGACAUUUCAUGAAAAUAUGAAAAAGCUAUCAAUGAUGUUUCGUGACAGACGGGAAACUCCAGUACAGAGGGCGGCGAAUGCUGUAGAAUAUGUUCUGAAAUAUGGUAGUCGGCACAUGACACCACCAGCAGCAAGGGACCUGACAAUACUUCAGUACGCAUACGCUGAUAUCUGGCUUGCUAUAUAUACAUUCAUCUUUAUUUCUUUAUAUGUCCUUGGCAAAUGCUGUCAAAAACUCACUAGGCCUUUAUACAGAUUUACAAAAUUAAAAGUAAAUUUAAAAUAA